AUGCCAUCCAUCUCACAGAGGGCGAAUGCUGCGCCCAAACGAGAAACGUAUGUGCCCCGCCACAAGCAGCUGUUGCUGAACCCGGCGCUGGCGCAGCAGCGCUCGCUGCACGUCGACCACGCCGAGGACCAGGCGCCGAACCCCGGCGCGGCCGGUCCGCGGCCCCCCAUCAAGAAACUCGCGAUCGGGCAACCUAUCUUGUCUUUUUCGUCCAACCCCGACGUCAAGCUGCCAGAAACGACAACUACCGUUGUCAAGCCGCUGAAGCGUGGAGGCGUCGACACGUCGCCCGUUUCGGCAUCGGGCUCCGAAGCUGCGGCCCAUGUUGCAGAGUCGUCUCAAGUUACCUCCACUCAAGCAUCGCGACGGACCUCGGUCGUCCAAGUCAAGCGCAAAGCCGUGCCCGUUUACGAUGUCUCCGAGUUCUCCGUCUCAAAUUCGACUUCGACCUUGAGCUUGAGCAUCACCGCAGUAUCCGCGGCACCACGUCGCCAUAUCAACGAUGCCAAGUCUGCGAACCUGACAGGCGCGCUCGACCAAAGGGCCGUUUCGGCUGCCCCGCCGUCGCCAAUGACUCGACGCACGUCGCGGGACAACCAUGGCUUAGGUUUGGAUUGGGCAUCCUCUCGCCUCCCGACCGACCCCGAAUCGAUGCCCCGAACGCGUGCUUCGUCGACGAGCUCGUCGUCGCAGCGCCACUCGCUCAAGAACUCCUCGCCUCCGCUCCUGCCCUUCCCGACCGCCACCUCAACCUCGACGCCGCAGCGGUCGAGCAUCUACUCGCAAUCUCACCACCAAACCGUCGGUUCCUACGAAAGUGCAGCUAAACAUAUCACCCGAGCGGCAUCCGCGGGUCCAGCGAUGGACUUUGUCCUCGGACCCGACGCGUACGCGCACGAAGACUCGCCCGACGCACGAUUGCAAACUUGGAGGCAGGGGAUGCACGACGUCGAGGCCGAGCGAGCCAGGACACAAUCUAAGAGGAAUUCUGAGAGUCAGAAGCACAGCACCUUAUCUUGUAGGUCCAGUUUUGGAUUGCCCGGGACCGCUCUGAGCUUAUGCUGACCUGGCUCUUCUGCCGACAGUCUUUUCGUUCCGUCGGCCGUCGGCCUCCUCCGGGUCCCGGGCGUCCUCCAGUGCCGGUCUCUCGUCGAGCAGCCACGAUACGCCGUCGACGAAUGCAUCGUCCCCGGUCGACUCGUUGUUUCCCGCCCUUCCGUUCAAGGAUGAUUCUGGCCUGUAUCGACGCAGCUCCGUCGCGAGCUCGGCGUCCUCGUCACGGCCCUUUGCGCUUGUGUCGAGUCGUUCCGGGAGCGUCGCCUCUUCACGCGAGGGUGGUGUUGGAGUCGCACCAGGGCGCGCCAGCCUCACGUUCGGCGCAGACGACACGCGCCGCAAGUCGACAAUCGCGAGCAAGACGCGCUCCACAGGUGUCGUGGGAGGCGAGGACUCGUUGCUGGACGUUUGGGUCGAGAUGAUGGGCGGCGAGGUCGAGGAAGCUAGCGAAGAACUCGCUCAACUGCCCUUCCCUUCGCGCAAGCGAAGUUCAGUCGCGGCAGCCUCAGACGUUUUUGGCCGACCGCCCGUGCCAUCGCGAGAGGCCUCGGUGGUAUCCCAGGAGCCGACCUACGGCGCCGAAGCGAUCAUGACGCUCUACCACGCCUUACCACCGCUCGUCUAUGCGUCCUCGGGCAGGCACGGGUCUCAAUCGGAAAGCUCCUCGGCCCCGACGCUCUCUUCGGACGACGGACUCGACUCGGAGUCCGACGUCAGUGAGGACUGGCGAUCGGCCUGCAGCCAGCCCGCGACGUGUGAACCCACUCUAGCGGACAACCACGCUGAUCUGACGGGUACCUGGCCCACGGCCAAAGUCAGCUCUCGAGCGAGGUUCGACAUGCCCGAGCACCUUUCGCCGCAUUCGCCUCACCUUUCGUUCGCCCCCGAGACGGCCCAUGCCACCCCGACAUUGCCGUCGACGAAGAGCUCCUUCCUCAGCAACGCCUCGUACCACAUCUCGCGAUCCUCAUCGCAGCAUGACUUUUCAGCAAAUUCGCGCCAGUCCUUGGCGUUCGAGUCGUCUCAUCACCACCCGACCGUGUAUCGUUCGGCGAACCCCUUGACGACUUCGUCGCCGCGAUCGCAGCAGUACCAGCAGUGCCCCUUUAUCGCCGUUGCUUGA